AAGGUUUUUUUCGUUCUUUUAAUUACUUAUUUAAUCAAGAUCAGCACUAAACCGGACAAAGCCACCAAACAAAACGUUCGGUUCAUUCAAACAAACGAACGCGUGACAGGAGUUGCGUGACUGUAAUUCCAAGAAACUCCCUCGCCUUGCCACGCAUACGCAAGGUAAAGUAAAAGUGAAAGUAUGUUUGCCCAAUAAGCACAUUCAUAGCGGAGAGCAAAGGCGACGUGUCGCUCCAUAAUGGCGCUUUACAGGAAUCAAUGCUGGCACUGUUGUGUCUUUACGGAGGGAGGACCUAAAUGCCUCCGCUGUAACAUCGCCGAGUAUUGUAGCGCUCAAUGCCGAGACGACAAUCAAUGGCGGCAUAAAGUGGACUGUGAUAACGUCUCACGGCAGCUCUACUGCCACAAGUGUAGCCAAAAAGGUGGCAAUAUGAAGCAAUGUUCAAACUGCCUGUCUGCCUGGUACUGCAGCAAAGAAUGUCAAGGUGAAGCUUGGGGAUCCCACAAAAAACGCUGUACCAAGAUGGCCAAGAAGACGGUUCAAGUUUGGGAGCAGCAUAAAUGCUUGAAUAUUCCUGGUAUUUCAUUUACUUAUUCACUUAGUAGGCUGUACUACUGGGGAAACAGCCCUGCUAUUGAUCUCCUAAAACUGCGCCUGAACGAGGGUGAGGAAGUGGAUGGGCCGCUGAGUCUCUUGCUUUGCGGUGCUGGUGAUGGUAGACACGUGUUCUUAACCCUAGCGGAGCUACCGAGGACAUACAAGGGCCAAGUGACUUUUGUCUUGAAUGACAAUGAACCUUGCGUCCUGGCUAGAACUGUACUGAUGCUGUACUUGACAGUGAAGGGGGGAGCAAGUAAGGCAAGCUUGGUGACCCAAAUUUGGUACUCGUUGUGGCUGAGUGCUAGUGAGCUGGAGUUCCUCGUCUCAGCUCUCCAAGACCUCACCCGAAUUUCCUGCCUAGAAGUGAUCUCCCACGGGGUGUUGUGCAUCAAAAACGAACAUUUGAAGACACUACAGAGUAUUUGGAAAGUGUGGCUUUUACUCGUGGGCGAACACAUUGACUUAGAAAAUCAACGUAAAGGGGUGGUUCACGAACCCUCAUUCUACUUGGCAGAUGUGCUUGAUAAGCACAAAGAGUCCUUGAAAGCGUGGUUCAAGCAUGGAGUACUUUGCCAAGACGGCUCUGACGCGAUUAAAAUGCACGAGAACGUCACUUUGACUGGUUUCAAGAUCCUUGAAGUAAGUCAGAUGGUUAAACAAGACUUCAAGUAUGCAGUUCCACCGCAGUCGCACCCAUUCACGGGCUGGGACUACAAAGAUGCUCAUCAGAACUUCCCAGAGAUUGACUCCGUUCAGCAGCUCUACAGUAGAUACAUAAGUCUUGUGUUGCAGAAAUCAGCUCAAAUAUCACAAGACGCCGAGAAAGUCAGGAUCAAAUUCGUUUUGGGUGACUUUAGGGAUCUCCCACAGGUAUCGCAGGAGGGCGUGAAAUUCGACCGCAUUCAUAUGUCCAAUUUGUGGGACUAUGGGGGUUUAUCCGAAGUCUUGAGCCUGGCCAAGCAUUUCCUGAAUCCCAAGAAUCCGUCAGCAACAGUGGUCACGGAGACAUUCAAUUGGGUCAAGUUCUUUCCUCGAUUAAUGGCGGACGGUGAUUUGAUUAUAGACGACAAACGAGUCACCAAACCCAAACAAAACAAAGAGGGUGGGACAGAUCCAGAGGAUGACCAGCUCAUGAUGGGAGCGACAGCACUCCACAUAAAGGAAAAUGAACACUAUUUCCUAACAGGGCGGCUCUCCGACAUCAAUUUUCUUAGUCCAAGAGUUUUAUUUUCAGAGCACUACAACAUCAUGGAACACUUCUUGCGUUAUCUAAGAGCAUCCUUGCUUUCUGCAGAAGAAAGGCCACCAAGAUUUUUGCCUUCUCUAAAGAAACUAGCAGAAGACAAAGGAUUCGUCCUGAGGAAUCCCACACGGUUCGAGAACCGAGUAGCUCCUUUUCGUUGGGGGGCGUCUUGCAGAUUGCUCUCAUAUACAAAAGGAAGUGAGUUGUCAUUGGAAUGGACAGUCAAGCAAUGACUGACAGGAGUGGAUAAGAAAAUCAAGCCAUUUUAUUGUCUGAACAUCGCAAAGAUUUCUUACCCACUCUUUAGAGGCCUUUAUAAGGUGUACAAAAGUGUUUGUGUGGUACGGCGACCCUAUCGCUAAUGCCAGACGUUUGGUUGUGUAUACAGGUGUUUGUUAGGUAUGUAAGCAUGUGGUUACCAGUACUUACCAGUUAGGUCUGGGCUCGUUACUCCGGUUAUAGAUGAGGCGGCUUGUCGAGGUCGAGGGACCCUGGGUAGUAGGAGGUGACGAGGAGUAGUUUUCGUUGAACAUGUACGUCUGCCAUUCACCUGGAUAGAUAAUAGAGAAACAUUAGCCAAUUUUAUAUUUAACUUACCAAUUUGAGGGUGAAUAUUGAGCUGAAAGAGAACACCAAGCCGAAAAUAAACAACUGUUUCAUAUAGGAAAGCUUUUUUUUAGGAAAAUCUCUCAAUAACGUUUUUCAUCUAACCAUUAUUACGGUAAUAUUGGGAGAGCAAGUUAAUGUUUCAGUAUGUAUAAAAAUAAACGUUGAACCCUCAAUUGGUGCAGUUAAACCUGCAUUUUUCAUUUCUUAGUCGUGAAAUAAUGCAAGAACUUUUAUAAAGCUGUUUAAAAAAGUAUGGAGAUAAUGCAAUAACUGUUAUAAAAGCUGUUAUGGAAACGUUAUUUUUACGAGCUCUGUGAUAAUGGCCUUCGUAGAGUACAUUGGGUGAUCCAAUUAAACUUCGAUUUUUU